GGCUUUCUGUAACCGAGAUGACAAAGGCUUUCCUAACGCCCAGGAUAAAAGUUGGUCGUGACUUCGUAACGAAAGCUCAGACCAAGGAGCAAGUAGAAUUUGCAGUAGAAGCAAUUUCCAAAGCUUGCUAUGAAAGAAUGUUCAGAUGGCUUGUAAAUCGUAUCAACAGAUCCUUAGAUCGCACCAAGCGACAAGGAGCAUCCUUCAUCGGUAUCCUGGAUAUGGCUGGUUUUGAAAUCUUUGAACUCAACUCCUUCGAACAACUCUGCAUCAAUUAUACGAAUGAGAAACUGCAACAGCUGUUCAAUCAUACUAUGUUCAUAUUGGAGCAAGAAGAAUAUCAGAGGGAAGGGAUUGAGUGGAAGUUUAUUGAUUUUGGUUUGGAUUUGCAACCGACUAUUGAUUUGAUUGAUAAACCUGGUGGUAUCAUGGCUUUGUUGGAUGAGGAGUGCUGGUUCCCAAAAGCUACCGAUAAAACUUUUGUAGAAAAAUUAGCAGGAGCACACAAUUUGCAUCCCAAAUUCAUGAAAUCUGAUUUCAGGGGUGUGUCCGAUUUCGCGGUGAUGCAUUACGCUGGCAAGGUCGAUUAUUCGGCCAGCAAGUGGUUGAUGAAGAAUAUGGAUCCUUUGAAUGAAAAUGUUGUCUCCUUGUUGCAAAAUUCACAAGAUCCUUUCGUCGUUCACAUAUGGAAGGACGCCGAAAUUGUAGGAAUGGCCCAACAAGCCUUGAGCGAUACGCAAUUUGGUGCCAGAACGAGAAAAGGUAGAACAGGAAUGUUUAGAACUGUUUCGCAUUUGUACAAGGAGCAGCUGUCUAAAUUGAUGGACACUUUGAGGAACACGAAUCCGAACUUUGUUCGUUGCAUUAUUCCAAAUCAUGAGAAACGUGCGGGAAAAAUUGAUGCACCAUUGGUUCUUGAUCAAUUGAGGUGCAAUGGUGUACUUGAAGGAAUUAGAAUCUGUCGUCAAGGUUUUCCAAAUAGGAUACCAUUCCAAGAAUUCAGACAACGUUAUGAACUUCUUACGCCGAAUGUCAUUCCUAAAGGAUUUAUGGAUGGUAAGAAGGCUUGCGAGAACAUGAUCCAAGCCUUAGAAUUAGAUCCCAAUCUGUACAGAGUUGGACAGUCCAAGAUUUUCUUCAGAGCCGGAGUAUUGGCUCAUUUAGAAGAAGAACGCGAUUACAAAAUUACAGAUCUCAUCGUCAACUUCCAAGCUUUCUGCAGAGGUUAUCUGGCUCGCCGAAAUUACCAAAAACGUUUGCAGCAACUGAACGCAAUCAGAAUUAUUCAAAGAAAUUGUGCUGCUUAUUUGAAACUUCGAAACUGGCAAUGGUGGAGACUUUACACGAAGGUCAAGCCUUUAUUGGAAGUCACGAAACAGGAAGAAAAAUUGACGCAAAAAGAAGACGAAUUGAAACAGGUUCGUGAUAAACUUGAUAUGCAAGUUAAAAGUUGUGUGGAGAUCGAGAAGAAGUAUCAGCAGGCUGUCGAAGAGAAAACAACUUUGGCAGAACAACUCCAGGCUGAAAUUGAAUUGUGUGCGGAGGCUGAAGAAAUGAGAGCCAGGUUGGCCGCAAGAAAACAGGAAUUGGAAGAGAUUUUGCACGACAUGGAAGCCCGUUGCGAAGAAGAAGAGGAACGCGCUAAUAUUUUGACGGUCGAUAAGAAAAAGUUACAACUUAAUAUUCAAGAUUUGGAAGAACAACUCGAAGAGGAAGAAGGCGCUCGGCAAAAACUCCAAUUGGAAAAAGUACAACUCGAUGCAAAAAUUAAAAAAUAUGAGGAAGAGCUUGCUUUAUCAGAAGAUACAAAUCAAAAGCUGUUGAAAGAGAAAAAGAUUUUAGAAGAAAGAAGCAACGAUUUGUCCCAAACCUUGGCAGAGGAGGAAGAGAAAGCCAAACAUUUAUCAAAAUUGAAAGCUAAACACGAAGCAACAAUUGCGGAACUUGAAGAACGUUUAUUGAAGGAUCAUCAACAGCGACAAGAAACAGAUAGGAGCAAACGCAAAAUUGAAACUGAAGUUUCGGACUUGCGAGAACAGCUGAACGAACGAAAAUCGCAACUCGAAGAGUUGCAAUUUCAACUAGGUAAACGUGAAGAAGAGCUUUCCCAAGCUCUGAUGCGGAUAGACGAAGAGGCAGCAAUGAAGGCUCAAUCUCAAAAGCAACAAAGGGAAUUGGAAUCUCAAUUAGCAGAAUUGCAAGAAGAUUUAGAAGCCGAGAAAAUUGCCAGGUCGAAAGCUGAAAAGCUGAAACGGGAUCUAAAUGAGGAACUGGAGGCGUUGAAAAAUGAACUGUUGGAUUCCUUGGAUACAACAGCUGCGCAACAAGAGUUGAGAUCGAAGCGUGAGCAAGAAUUGGCAACUUUGAAGAAGUCUUUGGAAGAAGAAGCUUCUGGGCAUGAAGCCGUGGUCGCAGAAAUGCGUCACAAGCAUUCUCAAGAAUUGCAAUCAGUCAACGAACAAUUAGAAAACAUCAAAAAGUUCAAAACUGGUCUUGAAAAAUCCAAACUCCAAUUGGAGGCCGAGAAUGCAGAUUUGGCCACCGAACUCCGAAGCGUCGGAGCCUCUCGUCAAGAGAGCGACAGGAGGCGGAAGCAGGCCGAGUCCCAAUUAUUGGAACUCCAGGCCAAACUCGGCGAAGUCGAGAGGGCCAAACAGGAAUUGCAAGAUAAGUCACAUAAAUUGCAGCAGGAAGCUGAUAAUGCGGCCCAACAGCUGGAGGAGGCUGAAUUGAGGGCUUCCGCAGCAGUCAAGAAUGCAGGUACAAUGGAAAGUCAAUUAUCAGAAAGCCAGGCCCAAUUGGAGGACGAGACGAGACAAAAAUUGGCAUUGAGUUCACGAUUGAGACAACUUGAAUCGGAAAAGGAGGCUCUUCACGAACAAUUGGAAGAGGAGGAAGAGAUCAAGAAGAAUUACGAGAAACAAGUAGCAGCAUUGACACAACAGUUGGUCGAAGCCAAGAAACGAGCAGAUGAAGAGGCAGAAAUUGCAGCAGGCUUGGAAGAAAGUAAAAAGAAACUGAAUAAAGAUAUUGAAUUGAUGCAGAGGCAGAUUGAGGAGUUGCAAGCGGCCAAUGAUAAACUAGACAAAAGUAAAAAGAAGGUGCAAGCUGAACUUGAAGACACCACCAUUGAUUUGGAGACACAACGGGCUAAAGUCAUUGAAUUGGAGAAGAAACAAAAGAACUUUGAUAAGGUAUUGGCUGAAGAAAAAGCUAUAAGCGAACAUUUGGCACAAGAAAGAGAUAAUGCAGAACGAGAAGCACGUGAGAAGGAAACAAGGGUGCUGUCGCUUACAAGAGAGUUGGAUGAGGAACGCGAAAAGAUUGAAGAGCUUGAAAGGGGUCGAAGGUCUCUUCAGAAUGAAUUAGAUGAAUUGGCCAAUUCCCAAGGAACAGCUGAUAAAAAUGUUCAUGAACUCGAGAAAGCAAAACGUGCGCUGGAAAGUCAACUGGCUGAACUUCGAGCCCAAAAUGAGGAACUCGAGGACGAUUUGCAGUUGACUGAAGAUGCCAAACUGCGAUUGGAAGUCAACAUGCAGGCGUUGAAGACUCAAUUUGAAAGAGACUUACAGGCGAAAGAAGAACAGUCUGAAGAGAAACGCAGAGGUCUGGUCAAGGCUUUGAGAGAUGUUGAAGCUGAAUUGGACGAAGAGAGGAAACAACGUGCUGCUGCUGUUGCAGCCAAAAAGAAAUUAGAGGGAGAUCUCAAAGACCAAGAAGCCACUCUCGAAAUGCACAACAAAGUUAAAGAAGAUGCCCUAAAACAACUGAAAAAACUCCAAGCCCAAUGCAAAGAUGCAGCAAGAGAUGCCGAAGAAGCAAGGACUGCCCGAGAGGAAUUAGCAGCUUUGAGCAAAGACUCCGAAAGGCGUUUGAAAGCACUCGAAGCCGAAUUAGCACAAUCAAAUGAAGACUUGGCCAGUGCAGAAAGAGCCCGACGGGCUGCCGAGGCUGAGAGGGACGAAUUGGCUGAAGAAGCAAGUGCCAGCGCAAACAAGGGUUCUUUAAUGGCAGAUGAAAAGCGAAGGUUGGAAGCUCGUAUUGCAGCUCUUGAAGAAGAGUUGGAGGAAGAACAGUCGAGUGCAGAGGCUAUGUGUGAACGAGCCAGGAAAGCCCAAUUGGCUUUGGAGCAACAGAGUGCAGAAUUGGCAAGCGAGAGGACAAAUGCACAUAAAUUGGAAAAUGCCAGGCUGUUACUCGACAGACAGAAUAAAGAACUUAAGACCAAAUUAUCAGAACUAGAAACAUCUCAAAGAACAAAAACGAAAGCAACGAUAGCAGGGCUUGAGAGCAAAAUUGGUACUCUUGAAGAGCAACUCGAAAACGAAUCGCGCGAGCGGCUGAUGCACCAAAAGAAUGGUCGAAAAUUAGACAAAAAAUUGAAAGAACUCGCUUUGCAAUUAGAAGACGAAAGGAGGAAUGCUGAUCAAUAUAAAGAACAAGUUGAAAAGGUGAAUACACGAGUAAAACUCCUGAAACGUCAACUCGAUGAGGCAGAGGAGGAAAUCACGAGAGAGAAGACACAGAAACGUAAAGCACAAAGAGAGUGUGAGGAUAUGUUAGAAUCACAAGAAUCACUCACGAGGGAAAUUAAUAAUCUUAAAAAUAAAUUAAGGAGAGUCGGCGGCAGCACAAUGUCUUCCAGCAGCGCCUCCCGCUCUCUCGGCGGCGGCACGAAGUCGUCGCGGGGCUCCCUGAACACCGGGGGCGCCGGCAGCGGCGACGACAGCGUCGCGGGGGCCGCACUCGACGACUCCAACGACACAGACGACCAGAGCAUCAAUUGAAAUCGGACACUUGCGAGAAAGACAAAGAACCAUGAUGAUGAUGAUGAUUUAAUAUGAGUAUUAAUGGAAAUGAAAAUUAUGAAAUUAUAAAUGAAGAUUUGAGGUUUGAUGUUGUGAAAAUAAUAUUUUUAGAUAAGGGAAACAUAUACAGGAAUUUAUAUGA